AUUUCUAGACCAAGAACAAAUUAGAAUGGAAGAAUUAAAUUGAAUGAACUCAUCUGAACCCUAGCAGGAUGAAGCUCUUCAGUCUUCAUUGGCUCUUCUUUGUUAGGACUUGUGAUGCUAUCAGCCUACAUCGUUGGAACUUUCAAUUUAAUUGAUUCAAAAUGUCUGAUGAUGGUACAACUGUGGAGAAGAGGGGCCGAGGUCGUCCCUCCAAGACCAGCGACGUAAAAGAAGCAAAGAAGCGAGGGAAGUCUGCUUCAGACAAGUCUCCUGCCAAGAAGGAUGACGGAGAGGCACCAGCAAAGAGAGGACGAGGCAGGCCUAAGAAAAAGGCUGGCGGUGCUGCUGCAGCUAAACCCAAGGCCAAGGCCAGUACAGGCAAGAGAGGACGGCCCAAGAAGGAGGAGAAAUCUGAAGAGGAGGAGGAAGAUGGAGAAGAGGAAGAGAAUGAGGAGGAUGAAUAAACUGUGUUAAUUUAUUUUAUGUGUCAGACAGAGACUGUCCAAGUGACGGCCAACAGCCAAAAUGUGUUCCCUUUAUUGGGCUAUACUUAAAUCAUGUGAUGCAUUUUUACAAAAGAGGUUAUAUAAAAUAAAGACUCUGUGUAGUAGUAUCUUGUAACGAUGUAAUUUCACACGAUACUGUUUGAUUUCAAACUCAAUAAUGUAUUAUGAAACUAUGUUUGAUUAAUUCUUCAGUACCAGCAAAAAAUUAAACAUAUCCAUACUAUCAUUGUGUAACAAACUACAGUUUUAAUGAAGCUUUUAAUAUCUUAUGGAAUAUUUUUUAACUGAUAACAUAAUGUUCUGUAUAUUUUGUUUUACUGUGAGAAUCACAUAAAUAUUGGGAAGGUCCAAAUCUCUAAGGUUUAUCAUGUGAUUCAAGUAUAGUUCCAUACGCAUCGCAUCACGUUGGUGUGUGUUCCUUGUAUCUUUUAGGUCCUUUUUUGUUUGAGUAAGAACAUGGUUCUUCCUAUGUAAUCCAUUUUUUAUAUUUAGUAAUUAAUUACCUGGAUGCAUUUAUCUCACUAAAUAAUAAUGAUUUGUGUUCAACAUUGAUCUUAGAACGUAUUAUUUGAUUGACUUUUGUGUUUUGUUUAAAUCUGCUGAGCUUAAUUGUAAGUAUUGUAUAAUUUAAAAAUUUUAAUAUUUUGUAUCCCCCUCUUUCUCUUAAUAUAGGAUUCCAAAAAAUCUGUAAGUGUUUAAAUACAUUACUCCACAUGUGUGUUAGAAAUUGAGUAUUGGAAUUAAUUGUCUAGUCAUAUUUGUUGACAGUAUUGUAAUUUUUCAAGUAUAGUAUUGUCUUAACUUUUAAUUUAGUAAGUGUCUUAAAAUUUUUUACCUGAGCACAAAUGUAACAAAAUUGUAAUAAGGAAAAGUUUACUAUAUUUAAAAUAAGGAUAAAUUCUUUGUCUUGUACAUUGUACAAGGGAAGCAUAAAUAAAUAAAAUUUGGAUGUUUA